AGUCAGUGGGGAAAGUACAGCUUUGUCCUUACAGCUGCUGAGAUGAUUUUCCCCCAGGUAUGAAAGGCAUAAUUCUAAAUGAGAUGGUGCCAGAGAAAGAAGGACGUGGAAAGUGCUAUGUAAUACUGCUAAAUCUGCUUUGGGGGUGAGCAUCAGUCAUAGAUUGCAACGAACAGGAGAAGUCUUUCUCUCCCCUGGUCUAAAUUGUCCAGGGAACUAUUUCUUGGGACUAUUCCACUUGCUUCAGAUGCAGAUGUCAUCACCUAUCCAAGGGGGAACAGGGUUGAAGAGCAAAAGUCAAGGGCCAAGAUGUUUCAAGUAGCUCGGAAUAUCCUGGUGACUGGCACCAACCGGGGAAUUGGAUUUGGACUGGUGAAAGAGCUGGUGAAAAUAAACCCUCCUCAAGGCCACAUUUUCGCAACUUGUAAGAACCCUACUGGAUCUGAAUCAAAGGCUUUGCAGAGUUUUGCCAGUCAGCAUGACAACACUCACGUGCUUCAGUUAGAUACGACAGACCUUCCCAGCAUAAAGCGGGCUGCCUUAGCAGUACAAUCCCAGCUGAAAGGACGAGGGCUCAAUCUGCUCAUCAACAAUGCGGGCCGAAAUUCCCAAGCCCUUUUUCUGGAAGACGUGGAUCAGGAAGAUAUGCUAAUGUCCUACAAGACCAACGCAGUGGGACCCCUCCUGGUUGUCAAAGAGUUCCUGCCUCUUCUGAAGAAGGCUGCCAAGGAGACCGUGGGAGACAACAAGGCAGUUGUCGUCAACGUAUCUUCUAUAAUUAGCUCCAUUGGGCAGGGUUUUAAGACCGCAACAAAAAUUCCUCCAGAGUACCAAUAUCGUGUCAGCAAGACAGCGCUGAACAUGGUCAAUGCCUGCCUUGCAGAGGAACUGAAAAAAGAUGGAAUUGCGUGUGUUCUGCUCCAUCCUGGAUGGGUGAAAACUGACAUGGGAUCAGAACUGGCUCCUAUGACAGUGGAGACCAGUACUAAGGGUUUGGUGAAGGUCAUUUCUGGUUUAGAUUCGUCAUCAUCUGGCACUUUUCUGGAUUGGCAGGGGAAAAAAAUAAUCUGGUGAACAGAUUAUUGAGCUUCUCUGGGGGGGACGGGAGUGGAAAGCAUCAGACCUUUGUGAACUGAAAGGAGAAAUCUUCCCUGUGGUUUCUUCUGCAGGAGGAACCUGUCCCUAAACACAGUAGGACUGCCUCGCUGUUGUUUAUUAUCAAUAAAUGCA